AGAAAUAAAACAUCAAUGAUGUUGGCAGGGCUGGUUCCUCUCAGAGCCAUGAGGAAAACAACAGUUCCAGGCCUCUCUGCUGGCUGCACUCCUGAUAGUUGGCUUGUACUCACUGGCAUUCCUUCUUGUCUACCCCGCAGGAGUUUGUGAGCAAGAAGAGCCCCUGGAACCAGGACAGGAAGAAGCCAGGGGAGGCUGGCCAUGGAUUUUUCAUCACAAGAGAGCAUAAAAGAGGUGACCUGCCCUAUCUGCCAGGAGCUCCUAAGAGAACCCAUGAGCUUGGACUGUGGCCACAGCUUCUGUGAAGAGUGCAUCACUGCAUACAGUGAAUCAGGGAGCCCCCAAGAUUUGGAAUGCUGCUGUCCUGUUUGCCAGAGCAGAUACCAGCCUUGGAACCUCCAGUUUAAUUGGCAGCUGGCAGAGAGAGUGAAUAAAUUCAGGGAUGUGGACAUGAAUUCACACCAGCCAAGGAAGAGUGAUCUCUUUGAGCACCAUGUGGAAAAUGACCAAAUCUCCUAUAAAGAGGAAGAGGAGGCUUUUAGCGGGCUUUGUGUUCAGGAACAGCAAGGUCACCAAAUGUCCCCUAAGGAAGAGGUGGUCAAAGAAUGUCAGGAGAAGCUCCAGGAAGCUCUGAAUAAACUGACACCAGAGCAGCAGGAAGCUGAGCAAUUGGAAGCUGACAUCAAUGAAGAGAGAGCUACCUGGAUGUAUCGUAUGCAGACACAGAGAGAGAGGAUUGUGCAAGGGUUUGAGGAAAUGAGAGAUAUCCUGGACAAAGAGGAGCAGAGGGAGCUGCAAAAGCUGGAGGAAGAUGAAAUGAAUGUGCUGCACGACUUAACUGCAGCUGUAGACCAGGUGGUCCAGCAGAAACAGUACCUGAGCGAGCUAGUCUCAGAUCUCCAGUAUUACAUGUCUGAAUCGUCUGUAGACACGCUGCAGGGUGUGAUUAACGUCCUAACAAGGAGCAAGAUCUGGACCUUGAAGAAGCCAAAAAUUAUUCCCAAGAAACUGAAGAGUGCAUUCCAAGUUCCAGAUCUCAAUGGGAUGCUGCAAAAAUUUAAAGAGCUGACAGAAAUUCAAAGCUACUGGGUGGACUUGAUGCUGAAUCCACUCAACAAUCUUUCAAAUGUUGCUGUUUCUUCGGAUCAGAGACAAGUGACAUUCGGGCAAUAUUCUAUGUUUAGUAAUGUAUAUCCAUGCAAUUUUUCUGCUUUUGAUGUCUUGGGCAGCCGAAAUUUCUUCUCAGGGAAAUAUUACUGGGAAGUUGAUGUGUCUGGGAAGAUUGCCUGGAUCCUGGGGGUAUACAGUACACCAAGUAACCUCAACAGGAAAAAAAGCUCUGGGUUUGUUUUUAACCCAAAUGUAAAUUAUUCAAAUGCUUACUCCAGGUUCAGACCUGAAAAUGGCUUCUGGGUUAUAGGCUUACAGAAUGAAUCUGAGUACACCGCCUUUGAGGACUCUCCCACCUCAGACCCCAAGGUCCUGACUCUUUACAUGGCUGUUCCUCCCCAUCGAGUUGGGGUUUUCCUAGAUUUUGAAGCAGGCACUGUCUCAUUUUUUAAUGUCACAAACCAAGGGUCACUCAUCUACAAGUUCUCUAAAUGUCACUUUUCUCAGACAGCUUAUCCAUAUUUCAAUCCUUGGAACUGUCCAGUUCCCAUGACCCUGUGCCCACCCGGCUCCUGAGCCCUCUCCUUCCCUCACCCACUCCUGCAUAGCAACUUGUCCUGGGGCUCACCUCCUGCCCCUGAACUCACUGCUCCAUUCACACCAUCUGUUCUCUGUUGUCUCCCUUCUUCAGGACUUUUAGUCAUUUUGGGGAUUUGCACUGUUUCUGAUGUAGUCAGAUGGGAAGCUUAUUUGCUCAUUUACCAUUUUCUGUAUUCUCAGUGAGAGACAUCUAAUCCCUCCUAAAGACAGAGCAGUAUUGGUAUAACAGCUCUGCACUCCCAUUUCUCCAUAUUUUUGUUUAUCACUGAUCCGAAGAGACAUGGAUCACCAGCGUCCACCAACCAUGACCUCGGGACAACACACAAUCAUCCCACCCACCCUCACCAACUAAGGAGUAUCUGAGUGUGUGUCUGUGUGUUGUCCAGCAUACAGCAGCAGGCUGUUCAGAGGGCUGAGAAAAAAACUAAAAACAAAAGUAAUAUAUGUAUCCAGAAUGAAAACUUUAUGUUCCAAAUUUCUUAGUUCAAAUCCUGUCUCUUGUCACAAAUGGUGUGUAACAAUCAAUAAAUUUUUGUUUCUUCUCAUAAAAUACAAAUUGUAAUUUAAACUAUACCUAACCUUGAAGAUGGCUGUGUAAAACUAACCUCCCCUGAAUGUAAAGCUCCUAUAUAUGUGUCCAGCACAAUUAUAGUAAAUAUUUGCUGUAAUGUCACUGAGAAGCAUAAGCUGAGGUAACCUGUGCAACAGGUCUGUGCUCUUCAGAGGAGCAGUAAGUGCUUCUGUAGCAGCUUCAUUUGUCAGGUUCCAGGCUCUGCUGUCAAGACCAGUCCAGUCCCAGUCUUCAGCUAGAGACCUUUUUACACCCAGACUGGGACUGUGUUAAGGCCCUUUCUUGGAAAUGGGUCAGAAAAUGCAAAGUAUGAGUUUCUAAGACCUGUCUAGCAGAGGAAACCAGGUUUGAGGACAGCUAUUCUUUUAGGGGCAGGCUUUUGGUUUUCAGGACUUUUUCUUACAGUGAAACAUCUGAGUAUAACACCCUAUAGACCAUCCCAUGCACUUUUCUCUUCCUUACUUUUAAAAGCAGUUUCAAAUUAUGUUGAGGAAUAGAUUUGCCCAGGA